AAAUUUAAGAUGGCUGCCAAUGUAAGACCAUCCGAUGUGUAUUAUGUCUUCAAAUUUUGAGAGAGUUAUGGCUUCUAAUGUUACUCAACGCAAAAAAUGCUACUUAACGAAAGCUUUAAUGAAAUUAUGAAAGAAAGAGCUUGCAAUGAAUGCGACGAAACACAUUUUCCUAGUGUAUUUGCACUUUGGUUCAAAGGGGAAAAUUGGAAAAUAUCAAAGCUAUGUGGCCAUGGAACUUUUUCAAAUUGCUACAAAAUCACAAAUAAACGCGGAGAAAAUCUUGCUUUGAAAGUGUACAAAGCUGGGGCAAAGUAUGAACUUUCAUUUAAAAAUGAAGUGCAACUAUUAUCUGAUGUCAAGAUGUAUUGCAAGUCAGGCAUGGUGCAAAAUGUUGUGAACUACAUUCAUAGUUGUACAAUAUUGGAACGAAACUGUCUGAUUUUGGAUUUUCUGACAUUUAAUUUAAACCAAAUUUUACUGAUGAAUGGUAAGAGCCAAAUAUCAAUGAAUUUUGUUAACCAACUUUUUAUUGAUAUGCUCUCAGCUGUAAAAUUUUUAUCACAAAGUCUUGCAAUAAUACAUGCUGAUAUCAAGCCAAGUAACGUCUUAUGGAAUGGCAAUAAAGAAAACUUUGAGCUUGCUGAUUUUAGUUUGAGCUUCAAUGAGAUGAAAGGACCAAAUCUUGGACAGCAAUUACAAAGUUCUGGUUUCCAAGCUCCUGAGGUGAUUUGGUGGAAUAAUAACAUAAAACAAGGUAGACGUAGUCGUGUUGCCGAUGAGUUACCUAUUUAUUUAGACAGCUCAAUCGAUCUUUGGUCAAUUGGCGCUGUUAUUACUUUUGUGUUCACUGGAAAAGGGGUGUUUUUGGAAAACAGGUCUCAGCAACCUGUGUUAAUUUGUUCAAACUGCAAAAACGGGAGAAUCAGCUGCUUAAACACAUCAAAAAUAAAAACAGUAUUUGAAAAUAGUUUUAAUGGACUGCCGCACAAAUCGUUGCUGGAUCUUGUUUAUUUUGUAUCAGGACUUCUAAACUGCUAUCCCAGAAAACGUUUCUCGCCAAGUUAUGUUCUAAAGAACUAUUCGUGUGCGUUUGAACGUACUCGAGCUGAUGUAAAGGAUUUACUACUUCUUCCUUGCAGAGUUCUUCGCUUUGUCCAUAUUUUAGUCGAAACUCUUCGUGAAGAUAUUGAAGAUGUCCUUUCUGAUAUAAAGGAAGAAUGUUUAAAAUUUGGUGAAGUUGUAUCCUUAAAAAUCUCUCAAGAACUUGGAAACGUAUAUGUACAAUUUAACGAUGUUGAUCAGAGCUCUCUUGCGCAAAAAUCUUUGACAGGGGUCGCUGCACAAUGUUUCAAUCAAUCUGUUCAACCCUUCUCCUUUACUAAUAGCAACAAAAGAAUAAAGAAAUUAAUUUAAACAAUUACAAUACUCUUCUAGGUACUUUAAUAUAUGACGAUGAUUGUAGACCAUGUACAUAAUGUAUAAACUUUUCUGAAAACCCAAGAAAAUGCUAGGUUUUUUUUAUUUUCACGCAAUACAUGAAAUUUUUAAUAGCUUUUUUAAAGAAAUCGAAUGGGAAAAUGUCCAUUUGAACCAUUUCA